AUUAUGUUUCUGCAGUUAUUUUCUUUCUUCUCAUUUUUGCUGUUUGGCCGAUCCGAAUCCUAUUCGUCUGUAAGCUCAGUCAUGGCUUCUCACGCUCCCUUGUAAGAGCCGACGAUUUUUCAUUUAACUACAUCACCUGCAUCUAAAGCCGGAUGCGACGGCCAUGGAGGAGGAACAGAAGCUCCCACAGGCUAGAAAGUCCAGGCUUAUCUUUCGUCUCGUUUCCUUCCUGGUAUCUCAUAGCGCCUUCGUCAGUGUAAUCUGUUGUGUCGCUGGGUUCGUCGCCCUCUUCCUGCUUCCAGUCCUAGCAAAAAACACCUAUGUGUCGGAGAAUGCUCUCAUGCCAGGUUCAGCAAAUCCUACGUUUUCUCAUCAAGAUGUACUGGAAGCAAAUAUAUUUAUUAAAGAUAUUUAUGAAAAGAGAAGCUUGGAAAACGGUUCAGGAAUGGAGAUUGCAAGAUUAAUAAGGAAGCGCAUGGAAGAUGUGGGUGCUGAGGUGUAUUAUCAUAAAUUUCAAUUUCAUAAUAUCCAGUUCCAUCCUCUUCGUUUCUUCUCUUCUACCCCUCAGACAGUGGCAGAGAAAAAUAGCAGUGGAUGUACUUUAAAUGGUGUCAGUCCUGUGGGCAUUAUACGAGCUCCACGUGGUGAUGGAAAGGAAUCAAUUGUAUUAGUAACUCCUUAUAAUUCAGAAAAUGUUAAAUUGAAUGAAGCCUUAUCACUAGCCCUUGCUUAUUCAGUCUUCUCUCUUCUUAGCCGAGUUGUAUGGCUGGCAAAAGAUAUUGUCUGGUUAGCUGCAGAUUCAAGAUAUGGUGAGUAUACAUCAGUUGCUUCAUGGCUUAAGGAUUACUAUAAUCCUUUUUUUUCUAGCGAUUCAGGGAAAUUUGGUAUUGACAUGUGUUUUGAAAAAAAAGAAAAUCAUGGGGAUGAUAAAACAUCAUUUGAUUGUUCAGCCUAUGAUGAUUUUAGACGUGCUGGAACUAUGGCUGCUGCUCUUGUACUUAAGGUCAUGGAUCAGGAGAGAAGUGAAAGGGACAGAAUUGAUAUAUAUGCUGAGGCAUCAAAUGGACAGAUGCCAAACCUUGACCUGAUAAAUAUUGUCCAUUACUUGGCUGUUCAUAGACAGGGUUUGCAUGUUAAGGUUGGGACUUUUGGGUUUUUACUUAAUUCUGCCUUGCUCAAGCAUCUUGGUGAAACAUUACAACGCCUGUCCAGGCUGGUCCAAAGCUUAAAUCCUGGAUGGAAACUGGGUGUUAAGUCCGCGGAUUUUAUUGAAGGCACAGCUACUCUCGCAAGUUCAAUGUAUUACCAGGCACUUGGGGUGCCCACUGGGCCUCAUGGUGCUUUUCGAGAUUUUCAAAUUGAUGCAAUUACUAUGGAGCUCUCACCAAGGACUUCUCUAACUAAUGAAAAUGGGGUGUCUUCCUUUCUUUUGAGAAGUGGCAGGUUGGUUGAAGGAGUCGUUCGGUCAGUGAAUAACCUCCUCGAGAAAUUCCACCAAUCUUUUUUUCUAUACUUCCUAACAGCUCCUAAUAAAUUUGUCUCUGUUGGAGUCUACAUGAUUGCCUUCGCACUGUUUGUAGCUCCUCUUCCCAUAGUGGUUGCUGCUCUCUUUUCCAGUACAGCAAGCACAAAACCUUCAACUACCACAUCCAACACGAAGCCAACUAAUUCCAAGCCAUCUGGAUCAUGGAACUGGCUACAUUCAGCAAAAUUGGUCUUCCUUGUUCACCUAUGGGCCCUCAUCAUCUCCUCACUUCCAUACUUCAUCUCCCAAAUACCCCGCACUGACUCAACAAAGAGAAUGCUUACCUGGUCUCUUUCCUCUCUUUUAUUACUCUACCCGCUUACUCGUUUCACAAAUUUGUUCGGCGAAGUUCACCGAUGGGAAGUUCUGAAAUCGGUAAUGAUUGCUGCUGCGUCAAUUGGCCUAAGUCUCAUGUCAAUCAUUAAUUUCGCAACUGCUCAGGUUGGAUCUAUGCUUCUUGUUCCACUAUGCCUUAUGGUCCGGCCUCUGAAGAAACCAAUGCAGGCAUCUUUGUUUCUAAGUGUGUUGCUCAAAUUUUUGAACAUAUUGCUUGCAGUGGUGGCAUUCCCUCCAGCUUCACUGGCGAUAUUGAAAGCAUUUCUUCAUGGAUUUGAGAGCAUUAACAUUGGCGAUUUUUGGGAAUGGGCUGAAUUUCUAUGGGCUUGGAGCAGUGCCACCUAUUUAUAUGUAACUCUGGUUCAUCUUCCCUGCUGGUAUUUAUGUGUGCAUAUUCUACUACAUAAUUGAAAACCAACUAAAAUUUUAAUUUGAGGGGGAUCUACAUGGGGCAACGAUCUAGUAAUCUGAAAGAAGCAAAGACUUUAAUCACAUAUGAACAAAAGAAAUUUGCAAUUUGUUUAGCUCCUGCAAUUUUAUUGGAUUCUUGGAUGUCCAAUUAACCAAUUUAGAAUGUCAAAGUCCCUGAGAUAGUUGAAGGUAUGUGUUUUAUUUGUGCUUGUCAUGCAUAUUUUAUGUAGUUGUUAAUUAGGGUGGAUGAAAUGAACCAGAUCAAUGAUAUGUGAAUGUUGGAUUCAAGUU